AAUGGUGUUCUUUCAAGUGCAAAUCACAAUUAAAAUAUAAAUGUGGCAACAUUGAUUUUCUGCAAAGUAGUGAUUAUAAAAAUGUCGGACAUAAACGAUGAACUGUUUAAUUAUGAGUUAGGUGAUGACAUUGAUGAUCAGGCUGUACUGGGUGUAGAUGAAGAUGAGUUACUUCUUUCCGAUGAAGAAUUAGAACAAAACGUUUCCAAUGAGGAAAAGCAGAAAAUUAAAGAAGAUGCUGAACAGUGGGUGGAAUCUCAAAUUAAUGAAGAAUUUGAUAGUAACAGUUUUAAAAUAGUAAAUAUUAACAACGCAACAGAUAAAGAUUUAAUGGAAGUAAAGAUUAUUGACCAAGGAAAAUUAUUAGCACAUGAACAAACUGAAGUUACUCCAAAUGCAUGUCCACUUGCACUGUUAAAUUUACCAACAUUAAAAGCAACUACUGUCUCAAGAGAUGAUUAUACUAUACCAUUAUCUAUAUUAAAACAGCAGCAGGGACUGCAGGUGCCAAACAUUAAAGAACAACAUUUAACUAUUUGUGACUCAUAUAAAAGCUCCAUUGCUGACAAAGUAAUAGCAAGUAAUAAUAACCCAUUAUACAGAGAUCUUUCUUCUAUAACAAGUUGUUCAACGAAUAUCGGUAUGGAUAUAUCUGCUUCUUUACAAACUUCUCAAGAAAGUUCUGAAGAUAUAGUUACGUUAUGCAGUAAUAAUGACGAUUUUGAAGAUAAUCGUGAAAAAAGAACGAAUAUAAAAACAACAAGUGAACGCAACGUAGAAUCAACCACAGACCUAAAGGAUAAAAUACGUUUUGUUUCAAAUAAACGUAAUAUAUCUUAUCAAAUAAGACCUCAUGGAAUUCGAAAUGCAUCAUUUUUUACUCAACGUCCACUUUUAAGAUAUCCUCACGGUCAAUUUCUGCCUCAACAGUCUUCAAAUCUAUAUACAACACAUAGCACACAAGCAUCCAAUUUGGCUUCUAACCAAACAGUAAAUGUAAACAACCUUCAUGGCACCCCUAAUCAACUUGAUCCUUUAAAUUCGAAUCAUAUGCCACACUUACGUAGUUCAUAUCCAGCUUUUCGAACACCUGUACCAAUUAAUUUUAGGCUCCCUAAUCCAGGAAUAUAUAAUCACGUGCCUCAUGACUACAGUGUAACUAGCGGAUCAGCAUAUAAUUCGAAUUUUGUACAAAACCAAACACCAUCGCGUCCCAUAUAUCGCCCUGAAAUAAGCAUGCAAUCUGGUUUACGUGCUGGGACUCGUAUUCAACGUCCCAUAUUACAAUCUGUAUCCAAUCAGAACUAUAUUAAUAGUCCAAUACGCGUUCAACAGAUACAGCAUCAUACAGUUACCAUGCCAUCAAAUAUUCAAACUAGUGGUUCAGGAAUAUCAGUGUCUUCUAUACAGCAGUCAUCAUCUAUGCGACCCAGUAAAGUCCUAAUUAAUCCAAAUUUUAAAGGAGGUGUAGAAGCAGCUACAUCCAAAUUUAUUAAAGAAACUCAAUUUAUGACAAGCAUAAGUAAUCAUGUGUCGCAUUUACAGAGUGAUGAAGAAUUAUUACGGCAGCAAGAAGAAUUUAUUAACAACAAUAGACAUCACAUUGAAAAGCGACGAAAUAAACGUUCAUCUACACCAUCUGUUUUACGAAGGUCACGAAGUGCUACACGAUCUCGUAGUCGAUCUCGCAAUAGAAGUUUCUCGCCUCAAAAACGUUUUACUGGAUCUCAUUUUGAUCGGGUUUGUGGCGUAAGUAGUAAUAAUGAACGGUAUGUCGAUCGAGAUCGUGAACGAAUUCCUCGACUUGACAGUCGCGAACGUGAACGUGGACCUACUCCGUCAUGUACUUAUCGUGCAAAUAGAUUUAGACGAGCUAAUAGUCGUGAUUUUGAAAGUCGCUAUCAAACUGGAAGUUAUCCUAAGCGAAGACGUAGUGUAUCACCUGCUUCAACAAGAAGUGCGUUAAAUCGUAGAGCUCCUGAUCGAGAAAAAUAUGAUGUAAGUAGGUCCGAUGAGUAUGGCGGCCAGAUCACAACCGCAACGUUUCCGGAGUCGAUGAACGAUUUUACAACACGGGCAGCAUCUAUUGAGGCGUUGUCUUGUCGGAAAGUCCGCGGCAAUUGUCCAAAGAGAUUCUCCAAUCAACGAAAAGCCUUUUCUAAAAUUCCUUGGUGCGGUUUUGCAUUAAUAGUUGUGUUUAAGAAUUGGAGUUCACAAGUGUGCAAAUGCUUCAACUUAUAA